AUGAGGGUUUUUUUACGAUAUUUGGGUGAUCCAGGAUUUCAAAUUGUCAUAGGAGAAGCUAUUGGCGUCCAUCAAUCUACGGCAUCCCGAACCGUUUCGAACGUUAUAACACGCAUUGUGCAGAAGUCGAACAUUUGGGUUAGAUUCCCAACCACAUUUGAAGAUCUACACAAUGCUAAAAAUGAGUGGCAAGAGAAGUUCAAUUUUCCUUCAGCUAUUGGUGCUAUCGACUGCACCCAUAUACCGAUUCUGAACCCGUUUAUUCAUGCAGACGAAUAUGUGAACAGAAAGAACUUUGCUAGUAUAAAUGUACAAGCAACGUGCAAUUCAAACGAAGAGUUCACAAGUGUGGAUGUUUCUUGGCCAGGAUCUGUACACGACUCUCGGAUAUGGAAGAAUUCUGAUAUAUGA